CGAAGGCUCGCGGCAGAAGGAGCGCGUCGCUGCCAUCCUCGCGGGCACGGACGCUGCGGGCGCGGGCGCGGGGGUGGAGGAGGCGCUCAAUUGCUGGGAGGAGGGUGCGUACGAAGCGGAGACGCUGGAGACGCUCGCCGAGUUCGUGCGCCGCGAUGAGUCUCACCUCGCUCCCUCGUGAGCUGCUCCAAAAGAUCCUCGGCCAUUUGCUGCGCAAUCGGACGAGGUCUGAUGAGCAUAACGCUGAAUCGUGGAUCGAUCUGCUUCAUGCCUGCAGCUCCUGCAAGUCGUUCAUCACAGACGCCGGGGACGGCUCGCUUCUCGAGGCUGUGUCUGAGGAUAUGCUGGCGAGGCUGCUGCCGUCGCCCUACUACCGCUCGGCGCAGCCGAUCGCACGCAGUGCGUUCGGCGCCCUUUCCCGGUCCCUCAGUCCCUGCGACCUGUGCUACAUGGGACCGACGGGCCGCGGCCAGCCGUGCAAGCGCAAAUACGUGUCGUCCGCUCUGCGCGCCGUCGAUCUCCACCUCAAGAGUGUGCUCACGGCUGCGAACGGCGCCUACCUGCUCCAGCACCGCUGGCUGCGCCACAUGGGGAUCGGCGCGCGGGAGUCUCGCCUCUUGAGGCUGCGCGCUGGGCGGCGAGAGGAGGCGAUGCGGCUGCGGGUCCUCUCUGACCGGACGGCAGGGCUCGCAGGCCGGUGGUGGGUGAGCGUCGUCUGCCUCUCGUCCGAGAUGUCGACGCACGAUAUGAGCGAGGCCUUCGCCGCCCUCUGCGAGAGCCACUUCAUCCUUGCAGACUACCCGCAGCAGAUGGCCAUCCCCCUCCACCGCCCCCUCUCCUACGACCUCCCCUACGACCCGCCGCACUCCGACCCUCCCGAGGCGGCCACCCGACUCGGGGCUGCUGCCCGACUCGAGACUGCCGCGCCGCGAGAGGCGCGGCCGCGGGACCGAAUCCUGGCGGACGGCGUCGAGGCGGGCGAGGCGGAGGCGGUGGCGGCGGCGCUGCUCGCCGAGGUUGAGGGCUUUGCGGCGCAUGCAACCGACACCCCGGGGCACGAGGUCGGUGAGGUCUGA